GUCAAGUGCUUCACCCUUCUCUCUCUCUCUUUCAUUUCAAAAUUACAAAUCCUUUCACACACACACACACACACACACACUCCCGUCAUUAAUGUCCGGCUGUCUUCUCUCUGCAUCUAUUCACUUCACGUACCGCUUUUUCUUUAUUUCUUCCUACCCGUCUCUUCCUCUAUCGAUAACUAUCUUAAUUCCGUAUACACACACGGCCUUUCCUUUCCCUCUCUAGAAUGUUAACAGGAUCUACUCCGAUUGGAUUUUCCUUAUCUUUCAACUCUUUCUCCUCGAAAUGAGCUGAGCAUCAUUGGCUUUGGCUAGGUUGUAUGUGGCGAUGGUGGCGUCGUGCUUUUUUGCGAUAAUUCCGCUCUGAUUUCUCACUCGCAAACUUCGCCUUCUUUUUUAGAAAAAAGAAACCCAAAGGCCUUAAUUAUUGUAAUUCAAAAUAAAUUCACUCUUCAUUUUCCUCUUCUUUUUACCUUUUCGCUGCUGCUGUCGUCUUACUUUCACAUUUUGAAAUAGAAAAUGGAGAGAGCUCGACACAGGAAAACCAAAAGUGCUUCCGGCAUUGAAGGUAUUUGGCCUAUUUCAAAGCAGAAAACUGUUCCAAGAUUGUCUUCAGAUUCUCAUUCUUAUAUUGAUGGGAGCAACAGGGAUGAAAUGUUCAUGCUUGAGCUGGGGCAGAGCAACUUAGGAAGAGGAACAGGGAUCCCAAUGAAGAAGUUGCUAGCAGAAGAGAUGUCAAAAGAUGUUGAAUCCAAGAAAAGAUCACCAAGUGUUAUUGCUAGAUUAAUGGGUCUUGAAGGGCUUCCAUCCCCUCGGCAUGCUUAUAGACAACAAAAGAAGUUCCCGGAGAACUACCAACAGAAAAACGUUUCAACUAACAAACAAAGAAGUAGCCAACAUUAUGAUAGCCAAUCAGAGCGGAGAAGCCCAAUAGAUCAGCCAGAAUUCAAGGAUGUCUAUGAAGAUUUAGAAGCAUCCCAUGUUGUUAAUCGCCAGUAUUCUUCAAGAUGGGGUGAACACUCAAUUCUUACAAAACCUGAGAUGGAACUGAUUCGGCAGAAAUUUAUGGAUGCAAAGCGUCUUUCCACAGUUGAAAAUUUUCAAGGUUCGAAAGAGCUCAACGACACUCUUGAGAUGCUGGACUCCAACAAGGACUUACUGCUGAAGUUUCUUGGUCAGUCAGAUUCCUUAUUUGUGCAGCAUUUGCAUGAUCUACAAGCUGAUCCUGGCAAUUCGUUUGGCAGUCAUAUAGCAGUCUUAAAGCCAUCUAAUUCAGAGAAGUUUGAAAGUAAAGCCAAAGCAUGGAGAUCUGAGAGAGAUACUUCUAAUAAGCCUCGUGAUGCUUCUCACCUGAAACGUGAAGAUGGUCUUCUUCUUGAACCACACAGUCGCCAUAGAGUUCGCAGUUCAACAGGGAUUCAAGUGGAAGAGACGAAAGACAAAAAUAUUAUUCCUACUAGGAUUGUUGUUUUGAAGCCAAACCUUGGGAAAAUUCAGAAUGCUGGCACAUCUUUGUUGUCACCAGAUCUUUCACACAGUUAUAAGACUGGAUCCAAGAAAAUCAAGGAAUACUCAAAUGUUGGUAGUGCUGAAAUGGUGUCAUGGAGAAGGAAAGACUCAUCUCAUAAUGCAGGAUUAUCAAUGUCCACGUCGAAAGAAGCUAGACAAAUAGCCAGAGAAAUUACCAUGAGGAUGAGAGAUGGCUACGAUGAGAAUGCAGGUGCCAAAUCUACUGUGUACAGCGGAUAUGUGGGAGGUUAUGUGGGAGAUGAGAGCUCAUACGAUGCCAAUGAAAGUGAUUCUGAUAGUGAGUCUGAUGUGUUUAUAUUUGCUUCUAGAAGAUCCUUUGAUGUUAGUAGCAUGUACAGAUAUCCAUCUUCUUAUUCGGGUGAAUCACCUGUAAAUACAGAAGCAAAGAAGCGACUUUCUGAGAGAUGGAAGAUGACUCACAAAUAUCAAGAUUUGGAAAUGAUGAGUAGGGGAAACACAUUAGGGGAAAUGCUUGCUUUGCCCAAUAGGGAAACUGGGCACUGCCAAUCAAAUGUUAAGAUGAGUCCUGGCCGAGCAAGUAAAGAAUUUGGUAACAAUGGAACUGCUACUUUGGAUGUUCCUUUAGGUAUCAGCAGUAGGGAUGGAUGGAAAGAUGAAAUAUGCAGAAACUCCUCUAGGUCUAGGUCACUUCCUCCACCCACUGGUGGGAGAGGGAGAAGCCACAGAAGCCUAAAUCAUAAUAAGUUGGCUGAAGACAAAGGCCUGAUGCAUAGUAAUUCUGUACGUCGUAGCAGAAGUAAGGUUGAAAGGGGAAAUCUGAGUCACGGAGAAAAUUAUUCAGCUAAUGAUUCACAAUCCAGGAUCAAGUCAUCUCGUUCCUGUCAACACAUAUUUGCUAAUGAGAUGGACUCUUCUUCAGGAGCCAACAUUGAGAUUCUGUUGGAACCAAACACCAAGGACUUAUCAUCUGAACAACAGCCCAUCUUUCCAAUGGCUGAAAAGGCAGAUAAUUAUGAAGUCCCUGUGGUUGAUGUAAUGAUGAUUUCGGAUCCUGAUAGCACCAAUAUGUCUUCAAAAUCUUCUGAGAUUCUUCCAGAGCAGUCACUUUCAACUAUAGCAAGUAACAAAGUUGCUGAUCAUAACCAAGAGGGCUCUUGUCUCCAGGAGCUGCAGAAGGAAUUGCCUGAUCAAGGAUGUCCUCACUUGCAGUGCCCUGGAGCCGACCCAGAUUCUUCUGCGAGCUCCAAGGAAGCACACCAUCCUAGUCCAGUUUCAGUCCUCGAGGUCCCUUGUGGUGAAGAUACGCCAUCUUCUGAAUGUUUUGAGAGAGUCAGUGCUGAACUUCAUGAACUCCGAAUGCAACUGAAGCUCCUCAAGUUGGAGUCGGGCACAUAUGCUGAGACAUCCGCACUUGUUCCCAUCGAGGAAGAAGAAGGGCAACCAUCUCCAGUAGUUUCUGAAGGUGACCUCUUAGCAGCUGACAACUGGAGAACUUGUUAUGCUUUAGAUGUGCUGAUAGAGUCUGGUCUUGAAGAAUCCUACUUUCACAUUUUAAGGACGCCGUGGCACUCCUCAAAUAGCCCAUUAGACCCUAAUUUGUUCGACAAGCUUGAGAAGAAAUACAGUCAUGAUGAGACAACCGGAUUGAGGUGGGAAAGAAGGUUGCUCUUCGACGAAAUAAAUUCAUCAGUGAUGGAGAUUUUCCAGAAGCGCGUGAACCUGUGCCCCUGGGUGACGCCAAAAGUGUCGGGGUCGAAUCUGCAAUGGCAGGGGGUUCAAGAUGAUCUUGAGAGAUUGAUCAACCAAGACUACAUCAGCGGUGACGGAGAACUUGAUAGAGAUAUGCUGCGGUCAGAAUGUAGAGCAGAAAUUGAGAUAUUAGGUAAUGAAAUCGAGAGACUGUUGAUAGAUGAGAUGAUAACUGAGGUUAUAUGUAACUAAUGGUUAGCUUUUCAACUGAACUGGAAUAGAAUAGUUGAUAACAUAGGUAGAUGAAAAGCUUGUGGUACAAGAAUUGAGAAUAAAUCUCAUAUUUAAUCUAAACUUACAAGUGAUUAAUUAA